UCGAUGUACCUGAUUUACCUACAAACAAAGAUGAUACACCAUCACCAUCGCCUCAAUCUCAAUUACAACCAACAACAUCUCCAACAAUUCAACAAUCAUCAACUCAACUUCCGGUGACUCCAAAAUCAAUUUCACCUCAAUCAAUCCCCACAACGACAUCAUCACCUGUAAUUCUUACUACUAGUAUUGCUCCAUCACCAACUCAAAAUACAACAUUGGGACAGGCUGAAUGUGAUAAAUUCACAAAAACUUGUCGUGAUGUAAAUUGUGCUUUCAAAGAUUAUACUGCAACAUGUGAAAAUGGGGGAAAAUGUACGUGUACUAGCGGAUUCCAAAAUUCAUUGAAUGAUG